AUGGCUGUGGCACCCUUUCCCCUGGCACUUCCCCUGGUGCUCGCCCUGCUCAGCCUGGCACCGGCGCCUGCUUUGGGAGGCUGCCCGGCGGCUUGCAGGUGUUCCUUCGCCAUGCUGCAGUGCCUGGAACCCAAUGGUAUCACCAGCAUCCCGGCACUGGCAUUACAAGAGAGCGAGAAUGUGACAGAGAUUUACAUUGAAAACCAAGACGCCCUGGAGAAUAUAACAGAGAUUGAUCUCGUUAACUACAGAGAACUGAAAAACCUCACGGUCACAUCAUGUAAGCUGAGGCUCAUCUCUUUCAAUGCCUUCCAAUUCAACCUCAAGCUGCAGUAUGUGAACCUGGCAUCAAACUCCCUGGAACACAUCUCCUGGAGGGUGUUUCAUUUUCUACCACUGCUCAACCUGGUUUUGAGGGACAACCCCUUCAUUUGCUCAUGUGACCUCCACUGGCUCCAGCAGUGGCAGCAUAAUGAACGUGGAGACCUGGACAACCAGAUGUUGUCUUGUUACUCCAAUCAUCAAGAAGUACCCCUCAACUCCUUGGUGAUAGACAACUGCAGUCUACCCGAGGUGACUAUUGUUUCCUUCAAAGACUCAAAAAUUAAAGAAGGAGGCAACCUGACGUUUGCGUGUCAAGUGACAGGAAGUCCCACGCCCAGCGUGAGAUGGCAAACUGACAAUCUCCGCUCUCACUUCUUCACUCAGGAGAGAAUCUGGGGCUCCACGUUAGAGCUGGUCCUUUUCCUCACCAACGUUUCUUCCGAUGACAACCUGCACAACCUAACUUGUGAGGCCGAGAACCAAGCUGGGCCCGGGGAGGAGAUGGUGCCAUUGGACAUUGAGUUUCCAGCCAAAAUCAUCUUCCUGAAGGACGCUGAGCCGCAGCACCACUGGUGUUUCCCCUUUGCUGUGGAUGGAAAUCCUGAACCAAAUAUCACUUGGCGCAACAAUGACAGGGAACUGAGAAUGAGCACAUACACAUACACCCAGCUUAUCCCCGAUCUGGGUGACGGAUCAGUGAAACACGGGUGUCUCUUCCUCAACAAACCCACCCACAUCAACAACGGUUUUUACACUCUGAUCGUGCAGAACCAUCUGGGGAGGGAUGAGGCCACAGCUGAGGGGCUGUUCAUGGAAAACCCCUUCGACCAUUCAGAUCCUGAGGGGAUAAUUCCAGUCCCUGAUGUCGUUCCAACACCGACAAACAAAUCAGACAUGGACGUCACAGAGAACUCGGAGAGUCGCGUGUUUGUGGUGUUGGUGGCUGUGAGCCUCGCUGCGUUUGCCUGCAUUUUUCUUCUCGUCAUGGUUUUGGUUAUCAACAAGUGCGGUCAGCAUUCCAAGUUUGGGAUCCACCGUUCAUCAGUUUUGGGCACUGGGGAUGAUCUGGCCGUGUCGCUUCGUUUUAUGAACUUUGGAACCAGCCCGCCUUCCUCAGAUGAAGACUCUGGUUUAUCCAGCUUUGUAGAAAACCCACAGUACUUCUGUGGGAUCAUCAAGGAGAAAGACAUGUGUGUCCAGCAUAUUAAACGACAGGACAUUGUGUUGAAGUGGGAGCUAGGUGAGGGAGCGUUUGGGAAGGUCUACCUGGCAGAGUGUGCGCAUCUCAGCCCCGACAGUGACAAGAUGCUGGUGGCCAUCAAGACCCUCAAGGACGCCAACGAGUCCACCCGGCAGGACUUCCAGAGGGAGGCGGAGCUUCUGACGGUGCUCCAACACCAGCACAUUGUGCGAUUCUACGGCGUGUGCACGGACGGAGAGCCGCUGGCCAUGGUGUUUGAAUACAUGAGGCACGGAGACCUCAACCGAUUUCUUAGAGCUCACGGCCCUGACGCUUGUAUCCUGGAGGAGACCAAGAUGCCCCCGCUGGGUCAGCUCACUCUUCCUCAGAUGCUGCACAUCGCUGCUCAGAUCGCCUCGGGCAUGGUCUACUUGGCAUCGCUGCACUUUGUCCACCGUGACCUGGCCACCCGCAACUGUCUGGUGGGGGAGGGCCUGGUGGUCAAAAUUGGAGACUUUGGCAUGUCCCGAGACAUCUACAGCACAGAUUACUACCGAGUGGGCGGACGUACGAUGCUGCCUAUCCGCUGGAUGCCGCCGGAGAGCAUCAUGUACCGGAAGUUCACCACGGAGAGCGACAUCUGGAGCUUCGGUGUUGUCCUGUGGGAGAUCUUCACCUACGGCAAACAGCCCUGGUACCAGCUGUCCAACAGUGAGGCCAUUGAAUGCAUCACGCAGGGACGGGAGCUGGAAAGGCCGCGUACCUGCCCCAAGGAGGUGUACCUGCUGAUGCAGGGCUGCUGGCAGAGAGAGCCCCAGCAGAGGAUGGUAAUCAAGGACAUCCACAGCCGCCUGCUGGCCCUGGUCAAGAACCCACCCGUUUACCUGGAUAUCCUGGGCUAA